AUUGCGGUUUUAUCCUGUAGAACACUGUCAAUAAUAACAGGUUAAACCGAAGUAAAACUAGAUACCGUAUUGAUUUAUAUUACGCUUAAAACAAUCUGCACGACAAUUUGACGGCGACAUUCCUAUUAUUUCAUUUCUUAAUGCGCCAAAAAGGGUAAAGUGAGGAGUCCAGGAAAAGUUACCGAGUUCCCAUUCGUAUUCUUCAGUUGUAUAAACAUAGAAAUAAGCAUGGCAUUUACAGACACCUCAGGAUCACGCCAAAAGUUUUUAAUGAAGGCUUCGCUUCUCUAUCAAGAUAUUUGUCCGGAGCAAUCACGUUUUCUGAUGCGCAGUUGCGAGGCUGUGAAAGCUCCAGCCAAGACCAAGCCUGUCUUUGAAGAAGAGCUCUGCCCCUUCUGUUUUGAGUGGCGUCGCCCAGACAACCACCACGUCCGUCUGCGUCCCAAGAGGCGUGCCUCGGCCCGGGUACAGGGUGUGCUACGGAGGCAGGGCAGAGGCAGGAGACUCAGCCUGACUCAGAUGGCCAUCCUGCGGAGAUUCAGGGGCUCUUCCUCACUCCUGAUGGCUACCUGCCACACAUGUAACAACACGCUGAGGCACGCCGGUGUCAACCGGGACUUCAUGAGGGCCCUCUCCCGGAGCCCCGCCACGCCCCGGAGUGCCUGCAAACCCAGGACUCCCCAGUCGGUCAACAAAACCUACAGCGUGGGCACCCCAAAGUACGGCCCCAAAGACCAGACACCCAGUGGUACCCCAAGAUCAGUUUCCACUGAGACCACCAGCUCCUCCUCGUCUGCCUCCAAGCCAGCCAGGGGGAAGACGUCCGCCUUCUCUCGCCUGAAGCGGCUACUCGUCCUGGAGGAUAAGCAGAAGACCAAAAGCAAGGGGGGGCUCAAAGACUUUCUCUCAUCCCUCUGAAGGACGAACACGCUGGCACCCUUUCGCCCCCCCCACCAAACCAAAAGGCACCAUUGGUUUAUUAUACGUCACGCUUUUACCAAAUGAAUCUCAACAAAGACACUUUACAAACAAACAAAACUAAUAUAGGGUUCAGGCAGUGGCGAGUCUAGAUGGAUGGUUUUCCGCAGCUGUUACGAAAUGCAGUAGCGGAGCACGGGUCAGAGCAGAUAUUACCCAGCAGCACCAGGUUCACUCAGGCCUGCUUGCAAUUCAGAACGGCCUUUUUGGAACUCCAGCGUCAAGGCUUAAGAUGUGGCGGGGGAGGUGUCACCUCUUAAUCAGUCGUUGGGGGGGGGG